AUGCAUACGAGCCGUCCGCGCGGCGUGCAUACCGUCGCUCUCGUGCUGGCGCUCGCGAUUGCCUGGUUGCCGCAUGCCGACUACGCCGCUGGAACGGGCGGAGGAGGGAUGUUUGGAGACGUCAAUAUUUCUGCUAUUUUGGACUCUCUAAGCGUAAGCUAUGACAAGCGAGUCAGGCCGAAUUAUGGGGGACCGCCAGUGGAUGUGGGAGUCACCAUGUACGUGCUCUCCAUCAGCUCCUUAUCUGAAGUGAAAAUGGAUUUUACGCUGGAUUUCUACUUCAGACAGUUUUGGACCGACCCGCGGCUCGCUUACAAAAAGAGAACGGGUGUUGAAACUCUGUCUGUCGGAUCAGAAUUUAUUAGGAAUAUAUGGGUGCCAGAUACGUUCUUUGUAAAUGAAAAACAGUCUUAUUUCCACAUUGCAACUACGAGCAACGAAUUCAUUCGUAUUCAUCAUUCUGGAUCUAUUACACGAAGCAUAAGACUGACUAUCACCGCGUCUUGCCCAAUGGAUUUGCAAUAUUUUCCUAUGGACCGUCAAUUAUGCAACAUCGAAAUUGAGAGCUUCGGCUACACCAUGCGGGACAUCCGUUACAAGUGGAACGAGGGGCCCAAUUCAGUGGGCGUAUCGAGCGAAGUGUCACUGCCGCAAUUCAAGGUGCUGGGCCAUCGUCAGCGAGCUAUGGAAAUCUCCCUAACUACAGGAAACUAUUCACGGUUGGCGUGCGAAAUUCAAUUCGUCCGAUCCAUGGGCUACUACUUGAUUCAAAUUUACAUACCAUCCGGUCUUAUCGUCAUUAUAUCGUGGGUCUCAUUCUGGUUGAAUCGCAAUGCUACACCUGCUAGAGUGUCCUUGGGAGUAACCACUGUAUUGACGAUGACGACGCUCAUGUCCUCCACUAACGCCGCUCUGCCCAAGAUCUCGUAUGUCAAGUCUAUUGACGUUUACCUCGGCACCUGCUUCGUGAUGGUCUUCGCCAGUUUACUAGAGUAUGCUACUGUUGGAUAUAUGGCGAAACGUAUACAAAUGAGGAAACAAAGAUUCACUGCUGUUCAGAAAAUGGCCGCCGAAAAGAAAAUGCAAAUAGAUGGCCCGCCUGGAACAUCUGAGCCAUUGCCCCCACCGCGAACCAGUACUCUUAACCGACCUCCGCCACCGAGUAGAUCUUCGGAAGUUCGAUUCAAAGUCCACGACCCUAAAGCAUAUUCCAAGGGUGGCACGUUAGAGAAUACGAUAAAUGGAGCUCGGGCUGCGGCCCCGCCGCCCGCCCCGCAACCCGACGAGGAAGCAGGACCCCCGCCACAUCUUUUACACGCAUCAAAGGGCAUCAACAAGCUCCUGGGUACCACGCCAUCGGACAUCGACAAGUACUCGCGCAUCGUGUUUCCAGUUUGCUUCGUCUGCUUUAACCUAAUGUACUGGAUCAUUUAUCUGCACGUGUCUGACGUUGUUGCCGACGAUCUGGUUCUACUUGGCGAAGAAAACUAAGCGGAUUCAUUACAUCGCACUGGCGCUCAUACAAUCUUAUCAAGCAUUAGCAUCAAAUUUUUCUUUAUUGAAUGGAUGCAAUAUGCAAUAACCAUUUUUAUUCCAUAUAUCGUACGAUCUAAUAGUUAUAUAUUUAAGUGGCACUCAAGACAUUUAAUUAUUUUAGGGAGUAAGAAUAAUAAAGUAGAGUUGAAAUAUGUGUAAAUCUUUGUUCGCAGAUGCAACUAGAAAAUUUAUUAUUGACAAUUGUAACACUUUAUUUUGUAUAAGCACUACCUUUUAUAAUGCACUAUAAAAUAUUUUCCGUUUCAAAAAUAUCGGGAUGUUUGCCAUAUCUACAUUUAGAAUAACAUCAAGCUUAGCGGGAUUUUAAAUGUGCAUUUUAUAGAUGCAGUAAUAGAACUUUGUUGUUGUCAAUUCUAAGCAUAUAGUUUGUCUUCUAGCACUGUUAUCUAUCAUUGUUAGAACUUAUUAACAUAGAACAUUUAUAAUUCAAUAAUGUUGCAUACAUUACAAAUUUUAAAUCAGAAAAGAAAAUAAA